UUUGACUCCCAGGACCUUGAUUUUUCCGUUUGUGAAAUGAGGGCGGCGGCAUUUUUCGUACUCUCAGUAGUCGCUUUCCCCUUCUUGGGAUGCCUCAGUGAUACAGGAGUUCCCGGAACUCCAAAGGGCCAGGGGCCAUCAAGGAAAAUGGGAGAGGUGGUUAACGCCCAGGAAGGAGUGGAGGCCUCCAGAUCCUCGGGCCACGCAGCGGUUCGAAGGGGGAGGAAUGAGACGAGUACCUACAAUUGGGCCAGGGAGAAAGGGGCGGGGCUACCGGGCAGGGCCAACUACUAACGCUUUUGUACGAGACGACAUCACGUUCGAAACGAUAGAGGGAGCGUAGCGCACAAGCUCUCCGUUCGCGCAUGCGCGUCACUAGGGAAGGCGGUUGUGGCGGGCAUACCGUUGAGUGAGAAACGAAUCUUUUGUCAAGUACUAACGCAACCUUAUGCUGAAGGAGGCUGAAGUACUUCCGGGUCGCCACCGGUAACCACUUCCUGGCGCGAAGUCAUGUCUACGUUGUUUCCCUCACUACUUCCCCGUGUCACUGAGUCCUUGUGGUUUAACUUGGACCGACCCUGUGUGGAUGAAAAUGAGUUACAACAGCAAGAGCAGCAGCAUCAGGCCUGGCUCCAGAGUAUUGCUGAGAGAGACAACAACUUAGUACCCAUUGGGAAACCAGCUUCAGAGCACUAUGAUGAUGAGGAAGAAGAGGAUGAUGAGGAUGACGAGGACAGUGAGGAAGAUUCAGAAGAUGAUGAGGACAUGCAGGACAUGGAUGAAAUGAAUGAUUAUAAUGAGUCCCCUGAUGAUGGGGAAAUCAAUGAGGUGGAUAUGGAAGGUGCUGAACAGGACCAGGACCAGUGGAUGAUCUAGCAGGGACUGACAGGACAAUGCUGCACACCGGACCCCAGAGCUGUCUUCUCUCUCUGGGGUUUCUUGGAUACAGGGCAUUUACCCACUGAAGCCCCAAGAGCUGCUUGGCUGGGCUGCUGGCCCUCUUCCACCCGCUUCCCAGCCUCCACCUCCUAACCCCUUUAAUAAAGACACAGAGUGGUUUCUUUUCAAA